UUACCUCGGAAACAUAAAAUUUUUUUUUUGCCAAUUCAAUCGUGCGCGCAUACAUAAUUUUUGCAUUUCUAAAUUCAGUUCCUGGUUCUUGGAUGUUUAUGUGCAUGCAAAACAAAACAAUGUCAUUAACCUAGGCUGUCCAAUGAACAAUUUGAAUGAUUGUCGUAUGAAAGAAAAAACUACCGUUUUUUUUAUUGACUUGUUUUUUUAUCCAGAUAAAUGUCGUCAUUCGAAAGAAUCAUAGAAACAACAAAAUGGUUUCCAAGGGAGAACAACACCGCCGCAACUACACACAAUAAACAGAAGAAUAAUUCAUUUCAACGAAACCAAUAAAUAUUAUAUUCUCAAACAUUAUUAUUACCUGCUUAAUUUAGUCUAUUGUGUACGAUUUCAGAUGGAUAAAAUGUCUCGAGUUUGAUGUCAUUACCGAAUGGUAAGUCGAAUGGUGAUUUUUUUUUUUGUUAUCUGGUGACAAUUUGUGAAUGAUAUGCCUUUCUCAUCGUCAAUGGGAUUUGUACACGGACACGAACAAUCCAAUAUAAUUAUCACCACUACCGACUUUGAUGGUGAUCAUGUUGAAAACAAUAGACAACAAAAUCAACAACAACAAGUUCCUAGGUGGUUGUUGGAUUUUCAUCACGACAUACAUCCAUCAUUGCGUAAUAAUAAAUCUAGACCAUCGACCGAUAACAAUAUUACAACAACAAUAAAUCGACCAAAGUGGUUCGAAGAAUUGUGUCAAAAACGUAGAAUGAGUGAUAUUGCUGAUUUAAAAUAUUCGAAAAAUGAAUCUUUGUUUGAAGAUGUUGCUAAAAAUGAUGAUUCAAUCACAUUGUCCACUAAUCAUCAUCAUGACGCAAUGACCAAAGACCAUUGUCAACAACAAUCAAUCAAUGCAGAAGACAUGAGAAAAACUUUGAAUAAAUCAUUGGCUAUCAUAGAUACGCAUGAUGAUGAUGAUGAUGAUAAUGAUAAUUUCUCAUUCACAUCGGCCACAUUUAAAUCUAUUGAAAAUUUAAAAUUGGAUGAAAUGACCAAAAACAUUGUUGUUGAAGAGGAUUGUAUCAUUCCGGAAAUGCCUACGGGUAUUGAAUUAAGUCUAAUAUUAAUGGAAAAUUGGGGUGAUCAAAAUUUCAUCGGUCUCAAUGGAAUUGAAAUAUUGGAUCAAUUUGGCAAUCGUCCACCGAUUGAAAAUGUAUUUUUGGACAAUGAUGAAAAUCGCAGACAACAGAAUAAUGAUUUAUAUAAAUUAAUCGAUAAUGUUUAUCGAACACAUGAUGAUUCACAUAUAUGGCAAUGUCGAUUUGAUAAUCAUCGCCAAUCACAUCAUAAUCAGGGAAACAAUGAUGGAUUACCAGUAACAAUUGUGUUUCGUUUCGAGAAACCGACAACAAUUGCGUUGAUUCGUAUAUGGAAUUAUAAUAAAUCACGUAUUCAUUCAUAUCGUGGUGUUAAAUACGCCAAAGUCAAACUGGAUGAACAAACAAUAUUCUGUGGUGAGAUUGCAAAAGCUUGUGGCGAUCUUACUGGUACAUUGGAGAAUUUCGGUGAUACAAUUUUAUUCACCACUAACGAUGAAGUUUUGGAACAAAUAUCUCAUUUUGACAUUUCAUUUCAAGAAUUACUCAUGGAACAAAUGAACUAAAAAUUAAAAUUUUAAUGUCCCUACAAACUAGACCAAAAAAACAAACAAACAAAACCUUGA